CCGCCAUAGCUGCCAAGUUAUCCCUUUUUUAAAGGGAUUUUCCCUUAUGCUGAAUAGGCUUCCUCGCGAAAAAGGGAAAACUUGGCAGCUAUGUUCUCCGCGGGACAACUUUGAAAGGCUGAGUCGCAGCUCCGGCGCAACUGAUUGCGGUGACGCAGCUCUUUGCCAAUGCUCAGAGGCACUCUGGCUUUUAGCCUGACCUUUCCUUCCCAGGACGGAGCCCUGGCAAUGCAUCCACCCCGCCUUCUGCCGCUGAGCAGAUACAACAGAGCAGCAAGCGAGGGCUUUUUAUCUUGGCCACCAAGGUGGCCAAAUAGCAGCGGCAAAACCUUUUCUAGGGCGGGAAAACGCGGCGAGACGAAACGCGCUUCGCUGUGGGCGCUGCGGCGGCGGCCGGCUUAGCGCUGUCUCUCUGCCUGGGAAUCUCCCUGUCCUCCGCCGCGCCACUUACUCCCGAGUAAACAUGCUUGGCCGGGGCUCUGCGGGAAGCCUCCUCCCCCCUCUGCCUCCAGCUCAGCCCAGCUCCCCUCCGCCUUGGAUUAAGCAGCCGCUUGCUCCCGCCCCCGGCUGCUCUCCUGCUAAAUCUCCGCGGUGCCGAGGGCCCCAAAUAAAUCCCGGGGAGGGAGGCCGGCCGGCCGUGUAAUCCGAUUCCCGGGAGGGCGCGAGGGGGCCAGGCCUGGGCGGAGGGCUAACUUCCCUGCCGCCCUUGAUUCCGCCACACAGACGAGCCGGGGGCAGCAGCCGGAGCUGCAGGCUCCGAGGAGGAGCCGCCUCUCAAGCUCUAGGUGACCCCCGAGCCGAGGUGCUCCUUUCUCCACGCAGCCCGGCCACCCCGAGGAGCCACGGCGGCGGCGGAGGGAGAGCGCGCGCGCUCACGCGGCUACAAGACGACCGCAGAUGGGAAGCCUGCAGGCAAGGACUGUCUUGUUCUCCUUGCUGUUACCUUAUGUACGGUAUGCCCUUCCAUCUCUUUGCUCUGAUCUGCUGACAACUGCAUAUCCCGGCAGCUCCCAAAUCCACAAGAUGUCAAAUAACCCAUGUGCCAGGUAACAUUCCAUGCAUACCUUGCCUGUCAACUGGCAGGUCUUGCAGAGUGACUCUGGACAGAAAGGAAGACUCCCUAUCCCAGCCAUGGCUGCACCAAGGAAAGGUUUAAGUGCCUCCCCUCCCGAUGGUGGCUGGGGGUGGAUGAUUGUGAUCGGCUGCUUCCUUGUUACUAUCUGCACGAGAGCGGUAACAAGGUGCAUCUCAAUUUUUUUUGUGGAGUUCCAGACUUACUUUGCUCAAGAUUAUGCCCGGACAGCUUGGAUCCAUUCCAUAGUAGACUGUGCUACAAUGUUUUGUGCUCCGCUGGGGAGUUUAAUCAGCAACCACCUCUCCUGCCAAGUGGGCAUCAUUCUGGGAGGACUUCUUGCAUCUGCUGGACUUAUCCUGAGCUCCUUUGCCACAAGCCUAGAACAUCUUUACCUUUCCUUAGGAAUUCUUACAGGCCUGGGAUUUGCACUUUCUUAUUCACCAGCCAUAGCCAUGGUGGGCAACUAUUUCAACAAGAGGAAAGCCCUGGCUUAUGGGAUGGCCAUGUCGGGCAGCGGAAUUGGCACCUUUAUACUCGCCCCGGUGGUCCAGCUCCUAAUUGAACAGUUUUCCUGGCGGGGAGCCUUGCUCAUCCUGGGAGGUUUCGUUUUAAACCUCUGCGUCUGCGGUGCCUUGAUGAGACCGGUUGCAGGCAAAGAGGACCGUAAGAGCGUGCCCGACUUCCCAGAGCAGGAGUUUGGGCCGGAAGCACAGAAGCAGGACUUGACGCAGUGGUCGGUCUGCUCCCCUCUGAUCAAAGUCUGGUCCCACAAAUACCUGUGCCAAUGCUCGUGGCAGGAGUACCACUUUCUGCUGAGGCCGGACUUUGUGGUGCUCGCGGUGUCCAUCUUGUUCAUGGCUUACGGCUGCAGCCCCCUCUUCGUUUACCUGGUGCCUUAUGCCUUAAGGGUCGGGAUGAGUCAUCAGCAGGCAGCCUUCCUCAUGUCCAUCCUUGGGGUUGUCGACAUCAUCGGCAACAUCACUUUUGGAUGGCUGACAGAUAGACGGUGUUUGAAGAAGUAUCGUUACGUUUGCUACUUCUUUGCGGUGGGGAUGGAUGGCCUGUGCUGCCUUUUCCUUCCGGUGCUCCAGAGCUUUCCGCUCCUUGUGCCUUUCUCCUUCACCUUCGGGUAUUUCGACGGAGCCUACAUCACGCUUCUCCCAGUGGUGACCGCGGACGUGGUGGGCACGGCUUCCUUGUCAUCCGCCCUCGGGGUGGUGUACUUCCUUCACGCCAUACCCUACCUGAUCAGCCCACCUGUUGCAGGUUGGCUUGUGGACACAACUGGCAACUACAUGGCCUCGUUUCUGCUGUGUGGGUUUUCCAUGAUAUUCAGCUCGAUGCUACUGUGUUGCGCAAGAUUAGCCAAGAAGGCGAAACGGACUCCCUUGAGGCCUGGGGCCAAGCAACCAAGCUGGACAAAUGGAGCCAUUGCCUAUUCUGUAACUAGAGAAUUAGAUCACAGAGGUGUGGAGCUGCUGGCCAGUGAGGCAAACAGCUAUAGCAAAAGAUGACAACGUGCUUGAAAGGGCCCUCCCCAUCUCCUUAGCGUACCCAAGAACCUUUUGCUAAGAUAGAUUUUUGUUAAGUCUUGCUACACUAUUUGAAGAUGUUCCUCCCCACUGGAAGAAAGGAGAGAAGGAGUGCUCCAUUGCAUGGGAGUUUUGUUUUCUGUCCUUUCAGCAGGUCAAAAGCCUGUGCCCUAAUGAGGAUAGCAGAGAAGGAGGAAGUUCUUCUCUGAGGAUGUAGUUAAGAUAGUUUCUAACACAGUGCCAGGGAGGUGAGGGUGCCCCUGUAUGCACAAAGAAGGCAAACUAGACAUUCAAAUAGAUGAUAAAAUUGUGUGUAAAACAAUGUUGACACAGUAAAAAGCCUUUUAAUUUUGCACGUGGCGGGUCUUGCCUGGAAUAAGCAGGGGUGAAAAAAGGUUAAAUGUGUUCUUUGGUUAACUCUGAAAAAUCAACAGAUGCCUAAGGAACUUGGCUGUAGACCUGCUGUUUUAUACUGUGGUUAACAUCAUUUCAAAAGGUCACAAAAUCUGCUUUGUGAUGUGCCUAGAUUUGAUAAACAACUGGGAUGUGGCUUUUGGAAGGCUGGCGAUUCUCACAGGUUUCUUCUUUAAAACAUCUGAAAACAAUUUGAGGGAACGAAUGGAAGGAACGAAUUUCCAUUUGAAAAAACUCAUAGCGAAGCUGGCUCUAGCAUCACAAGGGGUUGUUGCGACAUUGCUGGCACGAAGGCAGCUUUCUACUGAGCAAUACUGAGCUUUUGCAGUAUUGAUCUGUAAAGUAAACACACUGGAAUAUCUUGAGUGAUGCAUCCAACCAACCAUGUGGGUUCUUGCUUGUGAUGUAGCCACUUAAGUGCAGUUGUCUAUGGUAAGCUUCACCCUCUUGUUUGGGAAGUAUAAUACAAUGAACGCCUAGAAAGGGGCCUACGUUAAAUUUAACUAAGGUUUGUUCCUGAGAGUCACCUAUAUUUUAAAGCCUUUUUGAUUUCCUAAAAGGCAGUUAAUUUUAGCUUUGAUAUUCUUUGUGUGCUUGUUCUGCUCAGUUGCACACUUAUUAAAACCCAGAGAACACUCAUUGUUGAUGAGUGCAUGCAAGAGAUGGGGGAGAAAUGAGUUCAGUUUGCAUUUGAAGUUGAUGCAGAUGAAUCCUUUCUCCAUUCCUUCAGUGAAUGCAUCCAGUGUUAAUAAUGCAGGUGGUGCUGUCUAAACCACUGAGCCUCUUCGGCUUGCCGAUCAGAAGGUUGGCGGUUCGAAUCCCUGUGACUGAGUGAGCUCCUGUUGCUCUGUCCCAGCUCCUGUCAACCUAGCAGUUCAAAAGCAUGCCAGUGCAAGUAGAUAAAUAGGUACUGCUGUAGCAGGAAAUUAAACAGUGUUUCCAUGCGCUCUGGCUUCCAUCACGGUGUUCCAUUGCGCCAGAAGCGGUUUAGUUAUGCUGGCCACAUGACGCAGAAAGCUGUCUAUGGACAAACGCCGGCUCCCUCAGCCUGAAAGCGAGAUGAGCACUGCACCCCAUAGUUGCCUUUGACUGGACUUAACCGUCUAGGGGUCCUUUACCUUUUCCAUUUUUUAAUAAUGAACAUUCUCUGGAUUCUGAUGAGCUUGAUAGUGAACAGACCCAGUUUACACUUCCUGAACAAUAUGUGAGCCAAAACACAGCGCUCCUUACAAAUUUGCCUCUUUUGCCUUGUAUUUCUCCAACCGAGAAUGUGUACAUGUGAUUGAAAAGUGCACGUGGAAUGCAUAUAUUAGUAAAAUCCAGCCCCUGCCCAACAAAGAUGCAUUAUGUCAGAAGAAAACUGCUUGCCGAAAUGCAUAUACUAAGCAGAAGUAUGCAAGUGGAAGGCAUUUCUCUGCGUUUCAGCCACAUCUCCUGCUUAAUAGCAUAACAAUUAUAAAGCAUUGCAGUGGCUCUUUUUAUAGGCAUAGCUAGCCACAUUUGCUUGUUUAUGAUGCAGUUAUGUGGGUGCAACCUGUUUGUGUGAGGCAGUUCUCUCUGUGCAGUUGUGGUCACUUCAAAUAACCUAUAUUAUGGCAUAGCUGGAAUCUGCACAUCUGUACUGAAGCGGUUUCAUAUAUAUAACUUCCCACGUGGGGUGGCAAAUGGUUUUGCAUUGUUCACGGUUGGUGUGUAUUGGACCUUGUCUGUUCUGUUGGCCAAAAGUAAGAAUUCUAUUACAUGAUCACCCACAUGCAGGAGAGACAUUCCAAUAAUGGUUGAUCUUACAAAUGGCUACUAGACCUCUUCAAGUUUCCUUAACGCAAACCAUGAGGAAACUUUUUUGGUCACUCAAGGGUAAUCCAUGAGGUGACACAUGCAGAGAAUUAAGUGGGUGGGACUGCUGCCUUGUUUCUGUCUCCUCCUCCUCC